GGUCGAGGACGAGGUAGAGGUCGAGGCCGCGGUAGAGGUCGAGAAAGGAUGGAGGACAAAUACCCUCCCGAUGUAAAUCCGAGAUGUAUUUUCGAUGUUCUCUUGAGAGGGAAGACGAACAUCACUUACAUGGUCGAUGAUUGGAUCAUAAACUACAAAGUAAACCGGGAAGAGGGGAUCCGAGACUUGAUGCAAUUCUUCAUACGGAGCGCCGGCUGCAAAAGUCAAAUCACCCCGGACAUGCAGCGAACCAUGGAUCACCCUCAAAUCAUACGGCGGAUGACGGAGGAAUUCGACGAAGAUUCGGGAGAUUAUCCCUUGAUCAUGCCCGGCCCACAGUGGAAGAAGUUUCGGCACCAUUUUUGUGACUUCGUCCAUCAACUGGUGAAGAGCUGCCAGUAUUCGAUAAUUUACGACUCUUACAUGAUGGACAAUAUAAUCACGCUCCUCACUGGGCUCUCGGAUUCUCAAGUACGAGCGUUCCGUCACACGGCGACAUUGGCUGCCAUGAAGCUAAUGACUGCUCUAGUCGAUGUUGCUCUGAAUCUAUCGAUCAAUCUCGAUAAUACCCAAAGACAGUACGAUAACGAGUGGGCGCGAACACGUGACCACAACUCCGAACGAUUGCAAAUGCUCCUCACGAGAAGACGGGAACUCGAAGAGAAUAACGAGGACAUCAAAAACAUGCUCACGUAUCUCUUCAAAUCCGUCUUCGUUCAUCGAUACCGAGACAUGCUACCAGAAAUCCGAUGCAUCUGCAUGGUAGAAAUCGGAAACUGGAUGAAGAAAUUCCACCAACAAUUUCUCGAUGACUCCUACCUUAAAUAUCUCGGCUGGACACUUCACGAUAAAGUCGACGAAGUCCGUCUCAAGUGUCUCCAGGCGCUAUUGCCACUUUACGCAAACAACGAUCUCUGCACGAAAAUGGAACUCUUCUCCACGAAGUUCAAAGAACGCAUCGUUGAAAUGACCUUGGACAAGGAGUUCGACGUCAGCGUUCAAGCUGUGAAACUGAUAAUCUAUAUCCAUCGUUAUCACGAACAGGUGCUGACGGAUAAAGACUGCGAACACGUGUAUGAGUUGGUUUAUUCGUCCCAUCGCGCGGUCGCCCAAGCCGCGGGCGAAUUCCUGAACGAGCGAUUGUUCCAACCCGACGACAGGACAGUGAUCAAGACCAAACGUGGGAAGAGGAUGUCGCGACAUACAAGCGCCCUCAGAGACAUGGUUCUGUUCUUCAUCGAGAGUGAACUCCAUGAGCACGGUGCCUACAUCGGCGACAGUCUGAUCGACAGCAAUCCAAUGGUCAAGGACUGGGAGUGUUAUACCGAUCUCCUGCUUGAGGAGCCAGAAGAUCCGGAAGACGCAUUCGAGGACAAACAAGAAACCACCCUGAUAGAGCUCAUGGUCUGCGCCGUAAAACAGUCAGCCACCGGGGAACCGCCUGUGGGAAGGGGUAGCAGCAGACGUCAACUCACAGCCAAAGAACUCAAACAAGUUCAAGACGACCGCACGAAACUCACCGAACAUUUCAUUCAAACUCUGCCAGCCAUACUGAACAAGUAUGUCGCGGACGUUGACAAAGUCGCCAACCUGCUCGUGCUGCCCCAGUAUUUCGACCUAGAGAUCUACACGACAUCGCGACAGGAUCGAUCGCUCGACCAAUUGCUGAGUGUGAUGAAUCGUAUCGUCGACAUGCACGUUCAUGAUGACGCCCUGAUUGCUUGCGCGAAGACCUACGAAGCGCUCUGCAAUGAAACCCUGGCUAUCCAAUCAAAAUGCAGCGUCAGCAGGGCUACUCUAAUCGACGGCUUGAGAAAUAACUAUCAAUUGACGCUCACGGAUUUCCACCAAUACGCCGCCGACGAUACCCCUGACGAUGAGACCGUCUUCCGCAUAAACAACGCUUUGAAGAAACUUGCCCUGUUCCACGAUGUCCACAACCUCGGUCCUUGGAACAUUUGGAACCUCUUGUGGGAGCCCUGGGUCAAAGCCUACGUUAGCCAGCAGACCCACUUACCUGUGGAAGGCGUCCGAUAUGCGCUUUCAGCUUGCGAGAGUUCACUGAUAUGGGACAUGAAAACUUUCAACGACGGUGCCGGACAUCACGGUGCAGUGACUCUCGUGACCUUGCGCGAUCGCGUCCACGACUACAUGAUGUGCCUAUCAACCUUGCUGAUGGACAGCAACCUGAGCGAGGAGGCUUUCAUGCGCAUUUGCGACAUGCUAGUAUUUUUCUGUCGGGAAUUCAAAGUGGUCGUAGGACAAGACUCGCUCUACUACGAGCCGUCAGACAUGAUGAUCGAAGAUCUCAAAAGAUUCGUUGAGAAAUGGGUCUUCGUUGACGAUCAAGACGACGCCAUCGAUGAACAGCAGAAAAUCGAAAACCUCCACAAGCGACGCAAAUUCCUCGCUGCUUAUUGCAAGUUGAGCAUUUACAAUAUAAUUGAGAUCCCUCAUCUCCAGCUAGUGUUCAGGAACUACAUGCGCUUCUACAACGAUUACGGCGAUAUCAUAAAAGCCACUCUCGGCAAAGCUCGGGAGAUCAAUAAGGUUAUUUGUGCCAACACCAUGGUCGAAGCUCUUUUCUCGCUCUUCAGAGAGCUCGAUCACGACCGGAAUCACUGCAUCGAGCGGAGCUCCGAGCAGUUCGGAAAUCUCAAAGAGCUAGCGAAACGAUUCGCUUUAAGCUUCGGCCUAGACAAUGUCAAGAACCGGGAGGCCAUAGCGGCCUUCCAUCGUCGCGGUAUCCAACUGGCAGCGAACCCCCUGGAAAAUGAAUAUAAUCAACUAACGCAUCCUCCGAAUCUAGCAUUCUUGGAGCUACUCCUCGAUUUUGUGAACAAAUUGAUGAAACAGGAUCGCAGAGUUGUCUGUACAUAUCUCGAAAAGAGUAUCCCGGCCAGGUUACCCGUCAGCAAGUUCGAUGAUUGGGAGCCUCACCGCCUCUACCGGUCCGCGCUGCUGCAGGGCGAAGAGGCACCACCAAUGGUUGGUGGUCGCCAACCGAGCAAACAAUAUCAGGGCCGAGGGCGGAAAAGAAAUCGAGACGAAGACGAAAUCACCGUUAUGGAUUACGAUGGCGACGAUACGGAGGACAAUAUGAUGUAAAUAGCGAUCCUCUGAAUGUCCCCACUCCUAUCAUUUGUAGAUCAGGAGCCAUUACAUUCAAAGCAUAGCCCGGAGUAGCGGCUAGGGGUCCAGCACCUCGAGAGCUCAUUCAGCUUGAUACCACGUACAGUACAUUCUUAUUCCAUGCUGGAAGCCAGAUAACUUAUCGGCUAUCGCCUCCUCGAGAUCUAGUUAUCGUAUACUGAUAUUCAAGUAAGCCCAAAUCUGCGUUCGAUCUAAACUUCGUCUAAACUAUAGUGUGAACCUAGUUAGCUACAAUUUGCACAUCUCUGGAAAGGACUUGAUUGCUAUUUGAUCGGGGUUGGAGCUCUCUGUGUUCCGAGCUCGUCUAUAAUCAAGUACAGAUUCCAGAGAAGUGUAAUAAACGCA